UGUUGUUGUUGCUGCUGGUUUUGCUGUUGCCGUGGAAACUUCUUUCAAAAUGCUGCAGCAUUGUCUAAUCGCAACGCUGCUACUGAUCGUUGCCGUGCAAGGUCAAAAUAAAGAAAAAGAAGAGUUCACAUGUCCCUCGCACAUUGCCAAUGGCAAUUAUGCUGAUCCAGCGACCUGUCGUCGUUUCUAUCAAUGUGUUGAUGGCUAUCCAUACUUGAAUCGCUGUCCAUCUGGUCUAUAUUUUGAUGAUGUGCAAAAGUUUUGCACAUUCAAGGAUGAGGCCAAAUGUGGUCCUUUACCAACAACUCCAGCACCGGCAACGGAUGCCCCAGCAGACACGGCCCAACGUUGCAAUACCGAGGACUGUACCUUGCCCUAUUGCUUCUGCUCAAAAGAUGGCACUCAAAUACCCGGCGACCUCGACCCCGCAAAGAUUCCUCAAAUUAUAAUGCUAACAUUCGAUGGAGCUGUUAAUUUGAAUAACUAUGAUCAUUAUCAGAAAAUUUUCAAUGGCAAACGCAAGAAUCCCAAUGGAUGUUUAAUACGUGGAACUUUCUUCAUGUCCCAUGAAUACAGCAACUAUCAACAGAUUCAGCAUCUGGCUUAUGCUGGCCAUGAAAUUGCCACUGAAAGCAUUUCACAACAGCAAGGUCUUCAGGAUAAGGGCUAUGAGGAAUGGGUUGGUGAAAUGAUUGGCAUGCGUGAAAUUCUCCGUCACUUUUCCAACGUGUCCGUAAGCAAUGUGGUUGGUAUGCGUGCCCCAUUCCUCAAGCCAGGACGCAACACGCAAUACAAGGUAUUGGAAGACUUUGACUACAUCUAUGACAGCUCAAUCACAGUGCCACCAGUUUCCGUCCCCGUUUGGCCCUACACACUUGACUAUAAAAUAUCGCAUGAAUGCAAAAGCGGAACAUGUCCAUCCCGUACAUUCCCCGGCGUUUGGGAAGUCCCAUUGAAUACCCAUUAUGUUGAGGGCUAUGAGGGCGGACAUUGCCCGUAUCUGGAUCAAUGUGUAUUGCAUAAUUUGGAUGAGAAUGAGGUACUGGAGUGGCUGCAAGAGGACUUCUCCCGUUACUAUGAACAGAAUAAGGCCCCAUAUAUGAUGCCAUUCCAUACAAAUUGGUUCCAAACAAAACCAUUGGAGAAUGGUUUGCAUAAAUUCUUGGACUGGGCUCUCGAAUUGCCCGACGUCUACAUUUUGACAGUGACCCAGAUGUUGCAAUAUACAACCGAUCCAAAGGAAUUGCGCGAUGUUAACACGAUCGAAUCAUGGAAAUGCGACAAGAAUAUUGCUGUGGCCCCCAAACCCUGUAAUAUUUGGCAAACAUGUGCUCUGCCCUUCAAGAUACCCGAACAGAAUCUAACAGAUACUCGCUAUAUGGAGACAUGCCGCGAAUGCCCCAAUGUUUAUCCAUGGUUGGGUGAUGCUGGUGGCACAGGAAUUGCCGGCAAGGAUAAUUAUAUAAAUGGUGGCGGUUCUGAAGAAGAACAAACUCAAGAAACCUCCAAAUAAAAUGUGAACAAACCAGCAGAACCAGCAGAAGAGAGAAAAUGAGAGAAGAAGAGUUAAUACCAAGAUAGAGAGAACAAGCUGUAAUGGAGAUAGAGAGAGAGAGAGAAGAGUGUUCUAACGAUUUCUUUCUUUAAUGUUUUCUCUCACCAAAAUUUAAGAUUUCUGCCCAUUUUUUUAAGCUCUUGCCCCUCGAAUAAAUGCGUUUUCUCUUUUUUUCUUUUCAA